UGUACAAGAAGGAGUGGGUGCCGGCGUAACGGGGCUGUCCGCGGCGCACGAGCUGGUGGCGAUGAGCGGCGGCGCGCGGGUGACUCUGUACAAGAAGGAGUGGGUGCCGGCGUAACGGGGCUGUCCGCGGCGCACGAGCUGGUGGCGAGGAGCGGCGGCGCGCGGGUGACUCUGUACAAGGAGCCCUAUCUCGGCGGGGAUGUUGCCAGGACUGUGGCCGUCGACGAUGGUGGUAGCGGUCCUGUCAACCUCGACCUCGGCUUCAUGGUCUUCAACCGGGUGACAAGCCCAAACAUGAUGGAGUGGUUUGAAGGGCUCGGGGUGGAGAUUGAGAGAUCGGACAUGUCCUUCUCAGUGAGCACGCUGCUAGACAGGAACAGAGACUUUGAGUGGGGCACUUGCAAUGGCAUAUCCAGCCUCUUGGCGCCGAAGAAGAACUCGCUUAGCCCCAGCUUCUGGCGCUUGAUCGUAGAGAUACUCAAGUUCAAGAACCAUGCUCUCAAGUACCUUGAGGACCAUGAAAGGAACCCUGACCUUGACCGCAAUGAAACCUUGGGGCAGUUCAUUAGUGUGCAUGGCUAUUCCAAGCUCUUCCAGGAUGCAUACCUUAUUCCGAUGUGUGCGUGCAUCUGGUCCAGUCCGUCACAAGGAGUGUUGGGGCUCCCCGCUUCCUUUGUGCUCUCGUAUUGCCGUGACAAUCACCUUCUUGAGUUGUUUGGUCGCCCCCAGUGGCACACUGUGAAGGGCCGAUCGGAGUCCUACAUGAACAAGGUAAGAGAAGAGUUGAUGAGCAUGGGUUGUCAAAUUAAGACCAGCUGUGAAGUAAAGUCUGUUUCAAGUUUAGAAGGAGGUUACAUAGUCCUGGAGGUUGAUGGUUCAGAAGAGAUGUACGACCAAAUCAUGUUUUGUAUCCCUGCACCUGAUGCUCUAAAAGUUCUUGGAGCUGAAGCAACACAUGAUGAAUUGAGAACUCUAGGUGCAUUUCAUUAUACUAACAGGUAACACUGCAUGCUAUUAUACGUACAUAAGAGUCUAAACCAAAUGUAUAUGAGAUCUUUUACGGUAUUUGUGAGGAAUAUGCGUAUGCAUGUAGGGACGGCAAUUUUACCCACGGGUAUGGGUAUGGAUAUAGAUUUUUACCCGCGGGUACCAUUGGGUACCCGAAAUACAAUAAAUAAUCUAGCGAACUCAUAUCGUUCACAAAUUUAAUGUCUCAUUUUCUUGUGAUUGUAUGAACUAUAUAGACGAAUAAUGAGAU